AAGCCUGAAGGUCUUUGGGAAUUGGAAUACUUGCUGGCAAAGAAGGAUUAAGACCCGGAUCUCGCCUCCGCGCGGGAGAGAGGUGUCCGGGAUGUGGGAUCCGAGAUUGGUAAGGUUGGCCGUGCUGCAGCAUCUCCGGGCUGCCUAUAGCAUUAAGGUCAAGGGUGGCCGUGGGCCCUGCGAUCGCCGGAGACAGGAAACAGCCGCCGCGGAAACGGGGGGUAAAGUAUUUGGAGUGCCUUUUAAUACAUUGCCCCAUUCUAUUGUACCAGAAUACGGACACAUUCCAAGCUUUCUUGUUGAUGCUUGCACAACGUUAGAAGCACAUGUCCACACGGAAGGACUUUUUAGGAAAUCAGGAUCUGUUAUUCGUCUAAGAGCACUAAAGAAUAAACUGGAUCAUGGGGAAAACGGCUUGGCUUCUGCACUACCUUGUGACAUUGCAGGACUUCUUAAGCAGUUUUUUAGGGAGUUGCCAGAGCCAGUUCUCCCAGCUAAUUUGCAUGAAGCACUUUUCAAAGCUCAACAGUUAGGACCAGAGGAGAAGACUAAAGCUACAGUGUUGCUCUCCUGUCUUAUGGCUGACCACACGAUUGACAUAUUAAGAUACUUCUUCAACUUUCUCAGAAAUGUUUCCCUUAGAUCCAGUGAGAAUAAGAUGGAUAGCAUCAAUCUUGCAGUAAUAUUUGCACCAAACCUCCUUCAGACAAGUGAGGGACAUGAGAAGAUGUCUGCUAACACAGAAAAAAGGCUCCGAAUACAGGCUGCGGUGGUACAGACGUUUAUUGACUGUGCAUCAGAUAUUGGGCAUGUGCCAGAUUUCAUCCUGGAAAAGGUACCAGCUAUGUUGGGUAUUGAUGGUCUCUGUGCUACUCCAUCACUAGAAGGCUUUGAAGAAGGUGACUAUGAAUCUCCUGGUGAGUGUAAGAGAAAGCGAAGGCAAAGUGUAGGAGAUUUUGUUAGUGGAGCACUAAAUAAACUUAAAUCUAACAGAACGCCCUCUUACACGCCUCAGCAAGGAAGAAUUGCAAGUAAGAAACGCAAGUCCAUCAGGCACAACUUCAACUUUGAGCUGUUGCCAAGCAAUCUCUUCAGCAGCAGCUCUACACCAGUAUCAGUUCACUUUGAUACAAGCCCAGAAGGGUCAACUCAGAGUUCCCCUACUCCUGUAGCCAUCAAUGGAAACCAAAUCCAUAGAGGAGUCCAAAGGAGAAGCAAGAGAAUUGCAGGGAAGAAAGUUGUCAGGUUCAAAAUGAUCUCCCAGAGGGUUUCUCUCCUGCUCUCCGGCUUACUGUUUUGCCUGGCACUUGGAUGGACCCCGGCAUCUGCUUACAGUCCUCGGAGUCCUGACCGGGUCUCCGAAGCCGACGUCCAGAGGCUGCUCCACGGCGUAAUGGAGCAGCUGGGCAUUGCCAGGCCGCGCGUAGAAUACCCAGCUCACCAGGCCAUGAAUCUUGUGGGCCCACAGAGCAUCGAAGGUGGAGCUCAUGAGGGUUUGCAACACUUGGGUCCUUUUGGCAACAUUCCCAACAUUGUGGCGGAGUUGACCGGCGACAAUAUUCCUAAGGACUUUAGUGAAGAUCAGGGUUACCCCGACCCUCCAAAUCCCUGUCCUGUGGGAGAAACAGUAAAUGAUGAUGGAUGCCUGGAAAACACCCCUGAUACAGCCGAGUUCAGUCGAGAAUUCCAGUUGCACCAGCACCUUUUUGACCCAGAGCAUGACUACCCAGGCUUGGGCAAGUGGAACAAGAAGCUCCUCUACGAGAAGAUGAAGGGAGCACAGCGGCGCCGGCGGCGGAGGGUAAGGGACAGACAGCGGGCAGGGUGGUUGUGGGGAUGCUUGGAGCUUCCUGAGGGGGAUCAUGGUCAAGCUGCAGCCCCAAAUUAG